AUGUUUAGGAGUUGUUUAAAUUCUUCCGUUUGUGUAUUUUCCAGCAAAAUGGCGGAAGAAGAGGACGAGACCGGCUUCGACGAGGAGCUGGACGACGGCACCAGUGGAGUGGACGUCGGCCACGGGAGGAGGAAAAGGCUCUUCUCCAAGGAGCUCCGGUGUAUGAUGUAUGGGUUUGGCGACGACCAGAACCCGUACACGGAGUCCGUGGACAUCCUGGAGGACCUGGUCAUCGAAUUCAUCACGGAAAUGACCCACAAAGCCAUGUCCAUUGGACGCCAGGGCCGCGUCCAGGUGGAGGACAUCGUCUUCCUCAUUCGCAAAGACCCCAGGAAGUUCGCCAGAGUCAAAGACCUGCUGACCAUGAACGAAGAGCUGAAGAGAGCCCGGAAAGCUUUUGAUGAGGCCAAUUAUGGCUCAUAA